GGGGAGGGCAGUGGCGGUGGUGCUGGUGGGUCGGUUGUGCCGCACCUGGCUAGCGGCUUCAUGUGGUACAAGAGCAGCAAGGCAGCACUCAACAUGGAGACGCUGGUGAUGGCUCGCUCGCUGGCGGCGGAGGAUAUCAUUGUGGUGUCCAUGUCCCCCGGCUGGGUGGCUACAGAGAUGGGCAUCAGCUGCGGCAAGUGGGUGGGCAUGAGUCCGCCGCUCAGCACACCGCAGUCCGUGCAAAACAUGCUACAGGCGCUCUCCCAGCUGAGUCUGGCGGACAGCGGCUCCUGCCUGGAGGCCGGUCGGGGAC